AUGGAGGCGGUUUCAGCGGCGGCGGCGGCGGACAUGGUGGACCUGAACACCCUCUCGCGCCGCGAGCUCCAGGCACUCUGCAAGCUCAACGGCGUCCGCGCCAACAUGACCAACCUCGCCAUGGUCGAGGCCCUCCACUCCCUCCCCUCCGUGGACGGGAUCGACCAGAUCGGCACUACGCUCUGCCUCCCGACCCCCGGCAAGUCGGCGGUGAAGUCCGUCCUGAGGACCGCGGCGCCGUCGGACCAGCAGCAGCAAGGGAGCCCGCUCCCGCGUGGCCGCCGCGUGUCGGUCAAGUCGCCCGAGGCCAUCAGGAUGGACGCCGAGGGAGAGGAGGACGAGACGAAGCGGGACCUCGUCAGGGAGAUCGUGCGGACCCCCGGCGUCGCGCUGCGCAGCACCAGCCGCCGCCCGCGGGCCACGCCCGCGCCGCUCCCGACUCCGGCUGCGGGCACCCUGCGAAGGAGCCAGAGGUCGACGGUUCGGAAGGCCACGGCGCCGGUGGAGGAGGUCGUGGUGUCCACUGCGAAGCGAUCGACGAGGAGGACGGGGAUACCGAAGGUGGCGAUUGAUUUUGACCAGGAAGAGGAGGAUGCGUCGGUGACCAAAUGUGUUACUUCUGACGAGAAAUGUGGUGACCCUGAGGAGGAGGAAGUUACAAAGCUUCCGGAAGAAAACACCAAAGGGGAUGAACCAGAGCAGGAAGAGGAGGGAGCUGCUGCAAUUGAGGAAGAAGAGAAGCUUGUGAAUCCUGAGAAGUCUGCUCCCCUGUCAGCCAUGGAGGAUUCACCAAUAUUAGGUGUCCUUUCCAAGUUGGCAUCUGAACCAAACAUGAACAACGUUGCAAAUAGCUCGACUGAAGCUCGUGAGGUUCUUUGCAAUUGGUCACCUGUGCGGGGGAUAGCUGAUGGGAUCAACAAUUCCAGUGAAGAUAAAGAAGAUGCUGCUGUUGAAGUGCUAGGAGAAGCCGUCGAGGAAGAUGCCUUCAAUUCCACCGUUGAGGCUGCUGCUUCACCUAACAAGAUUGCCACAGCUGCUAUGACUGAGAAGGAAAUAGCUGUUGUUGAGAUCAACAAUUCCAAUGAAGAUAAGGAAGAUGUUGCUGUUGAAGUGCCAGGAGAAGCCGUCGAGGAAGAUGCCUUCAAUUCCACCGUUGAGGCUGCUGCUGCACCUAGCAAGAUUGUCACAGCUGCUAUGUCUGAGAAGGAAAUCGCUGUUGAUGAGAGUCCUGAGGAAUAUGUUCUUGUUGGAGAGAGCAGCGAGGAAGCUGACCUCACCGAUCAGAGCAGUGAGGUGGAUAAUCUUGAUCAAGAUGAAGCUGACCUCACCGAGCAGAGCAGCGAGGUGAUCGAUCAAGAUGAUGCUGGCCUCACCGAGCAGAGCAGCGAGGUGGAUGAUCUCGAUCAAGAUGAGGAGGAUAUGCUGAAGGCUGACCGAACAAUCGAUGAAGAGAGUGAUGAGACCAUUGAGGUUGCUGCUGUACCUAACAAGAUGGACCCAGCUGCUGUGACUGAGAUGGAAGUCGCUGUUGAUGAGGUGCCACAGGCUGAUCUGACGGACGAUGAGAGUGCUGAUGAAUAUGAUCAAGAUGGGGAGAGCAGCGAGGGAGCUGACCUCAGUGAGGAGAGUAGCGACGUGGAUAUGCUAAAGGCUGACCAGACAGUGGAUGAAGAGAGUGAUGAUACCAUUGAGGUGAGCGGCUCCAUUGACGUGAACUUUGAUUCAGAUGAAGAGGAGGAGCAGCUCAAGAUGCCUGGGACAGGCGAAGAGACAGAUGAAGUUGAGGAGAGCGACUCACUUUCUGGAGAUGAAGAUGAUUUCAGCGGUGAUCUGUCAUCAGAGUUUGACGAUGUCUUGAAUUUCAGUGAUGCUGAAGCUGAAAGCGACAGCUCUCCUGUGGCGCUGAAGGGAAUCGAUGCUGCUGCUGCUGCCUCAUCUGCAGCCAAGACCGUCGAAUCUGUCAUUACUGAAGAGACAGAAGUAUCCAGCGAGGGGGAUGCGGUUUCUCAACACGUUGACACCACUGUCGAGUCCCUGGAUAAGGUCGCCGCCACCGAGAAGAAAGAAGAGUGCGCAAAGGAGAAGAAGCAGCUGAAAGUUGGGAAGGAAAUGAGCCUAAGAAAGCUGAAGAGCGCUUACAAGGAGAGCCUCAUUACUGAAGAGACAGAAGUAUCCAGCGAGGGGGAUGUGGUUUCUCAACACGUUGACACCAUUAUCGAGUCCCUGGAUAAGGUCGCCGCCACCAAGAAGAAAGAAGAGUGCGCAAAGGAGAAGAAGCAGCUGAAAGUUGGGAAGGAAAUGAGCCUAAGAAAACUGAAGAGCGCUUACAAGGAGAGCCUCAUUGCUGCCAAGGAAGGGAAGAAGCUGACCAUCGCCACCAACGAUGGCAGCAGGGUGGCGCUUGCAGAGCUGGACGACAAUGCCGAUUGCUGAUCGGCCAAGCAGUUGCAUCUGCUGGGACUGAAUAAAGAAGAAAGGGCUCUAGUUCUGAAUUCAUAACUAGGCUUUUCAUUCCUUUUCAUUUCCAAAUGCUGCGUGCAAGUUUUCGUGUUUGUGGGGUAGAGAGCAUCGGGUUGUGAAACCAUGGUUUCUCUGAACCAACCUGCAGUUUGUGUUGGUUCUCUCCCCAUCUCUUUUUCAGUUCUUCAGGUCAUUCCGUGUUAGUUCUGUGACAUGUCAAAUGGAUAUGGAUUAUACAUACUGGGUUGAUGAGACAGCCUUGUUAAUCGUAUACACAUAUAUUACAGCAAUCUCCACUA